CCGUGCUUCAAGUGUAUCCAAAAAGGCUUUCGCCUAGGGCCCCCAAAAUAUAUAGUUUUUUUAGGGCCCCAAAUUUCCAAAAAUUAUUAGUAGUAUAUUGGUUUAAGUUUGCCAUUUAUUAUUCAAUACAAGUUCAAUUAUCUACAUUGCUUUUUAAAAAAAUGAGUAUUUUAUUUUAUUGUCAAUUUUCCAAAUUGAAAAAAGGAAUAUAUGUUUUAUAUGUCAAACUCCUAAAUAAAAAGGAAAAAGUGCAGUUAUACUUAAUAUAUUUGGUUCGUAUAUAUUCCUAAGUAUUCUACGUGCAAUGUUCACAUCAAUCUUUCUCAAGCAAGCACACACGUCUUCUUUCUUGGUUCUCAAUCCUGUGCUACAGAAAAUAUGCCUCCAACGAGAUCAUGUGCAUCAGGAGCCAAGAAAAGACAAAAAAAAAGACAGAGUUGAUGCAUUGGUGAAAUCAAUGCAAGGUUCUAUGGACAGAUUUCUUGUAAAAUCAGCAAAUCUUAAUGAAUCCGGUAGAAGUGGUGAUGAGUUUGAUGAUCCAAUGGAAGAUGAGAAUGAAAUAAAUGAUGAGGAUGUCAAUGAAGAAGAUAAGGAGGUUGAAGAUGAUGUUACUGAUGUCACUGAAGAGGAUGAUAAUCUAAGUGAAAAGGAGAAUGAAGACGUGAAUGAUCAAGUUCAAGAUAAUACUUAG